AACAACAACUUCAAAUCACUACAACUCUACAUUAACAUAUAAACUCACUUCACAAUUCACAUGCUUUGUUCUUCUUUCCAUUACUAGUAGAAAUAAACUACUAGUAGCUUCUUCACUUCACUUCACCAUUCCUCACUUUCCUCGGAAUCCACAAAUCAAAACAUUCAUAAAAAAACUCCCACAAAUGUUGGACGAAGAUACCAACACCAACACCACCUCCUGGGCGCCGCGCGUGUGCGACACCUGCCGCUCUGCCCCAUGUGCGGUCUUCUGCCGCGCUGACUCCGCAUACCUCUGCGCGUCAUGCGACGCGCGCGUGCACGCCGCCAACACCUUGGCCUCACGCCACGAGCGCGUGUGGGUAUGCGAGGCCUGCGAACGCGCCCCGGCAGCGUUUCUUUGUAAGGCGGAUGCAGCAUCGCUCUGUUCCUCCUGCGACGCUGACAUCCACUCGGCUAACCCUCUGGCGAGUCGUCACCAGAGGGUGCCAAUUGGACCCAUGUACGGCCCACCAUCCGUCCCAGUAAAUGGCACGAAUAGUGAGUUCGUUGGGAUGGUUGAAGAUGAAGAAGAUGAAGAUGAUGACGAAGAAGAAGCUGCUUCUUGGUUGUUGUUGAACAACACCAACACCACGGCCGCCGUGACGGCCGGCACCAACAACAACCAUAAUAACAGUAACAGCAGCAACAACAACCAGAAUCAUCAUCAUCACCACCAACAACAGAGUAAUCAUAAUGGUUUCUUGUUUGGUGGUGAGGUUGACGAGUAUUUGGACCUUGUGGAUUGUAAUUCUUGUGGUGAUGAUGAUAACAAUCAUCAUCAUCACAGCAACAAUAACAAUAACCACUUUGCGGUUGAUGGUGUUGAUCAUCGUUAUGGUUAUCAGCAGCAGUAUGGUGGUGGCGGUGGUCAGAAGAGCUAUGGUGGUGGUGGCGGCGGAGAUACACCAACAGUAUCAGUUUCAUCAAUGGAAGUUGGAGUAGUGCCAGAAUCAUCAAUCAGCAAUGGAUCAAUUUGCCAUUCAAGACCACCAAAGGGAACAAUUGACCUAUUUUCAGGACCUACCCCAAUGCAAAUGAGUUCAUAUCUCACUCCAAUGGACAGAGAAGCCAGAGUCCUAAGGUAUAGAGAGAAGAAGAAGACAAGAAAAUUCGAGAAGACCAUAAGGUAUGCAUCAAGAAAGGCCUAUGCAGAGACUCGGCCGCGAAUCAAAGGCCGAUUCGCCAAGAGAACUGAUGUUGAAGCUGAAGUUGAUCAGAUGUUUGCUAAACAAUUUUGUAUUGGCAAUCAGGUAUCAGUUUCAUCAAUGGAAGUUGGAGUAGUGCCAGAAUCAUCAAUCAGCAAUGGAUCAAUUUGCCAUUCAAGACCACCAAAGGGAACAAUUGACCUAUUUUCAGGACCUACCCCAAUGCAAAUGAGUUCAUAUCUCACUCCAAUGGACAGAGAAGCCAGAGUCCUAAGGUAUAGAGAGAAGAAGAAGACAAGAAAAUUCGAGAAGACCAUAAGGUAUGCAUCAAGAAAGGCCUAUGCAGAGACUCGGCCGCGAAUCAAAGGCCGAUUCGCCAAGAGAACUGAUGUUGAAGCUGAAGUUGAUCAGAUGUUCUCCACACCAUUGAUUACAGAAGUUGGUUAUGGCAUUGUUCCUUCAUUCUGAAGAAAGCCAGAGCAGAAGCCAGAGAAGCAAGUGAUGAAGAUAUUUCAUAUUUAUGUUGCUAUGUUACUAAGUUUUCUAGAUUGGUAUUAUUUUUUAUAUGAUCUUCUAAUCUUCUAUAUACAUAUGCUUUUAUUUAUUUCUUGAUUUUAUUGCAUUUGAAUCAUGACUCUGCUAUUAUUAUUAUUUGUAAAUAUAGUUCCUAAUUAUAUUAAGUUUAUUACAUUUUGUAUCAAGAUGUAAUUUCUGUAUUC